UCCCGCCUUAAAGCGUCUGCAGCCCACCAACUGGAAAAAUGUGUCUGCUUUUCCUAUUGGUUUUUUCCUAGGCGCUGCAGGAGAAUACGAAAUCGCCAGCCAAUAGGAAGGGGAGGUGUCAUCGCGGAGGCCGGUGUUUUCCCGCUGAGGUGAUCUGUCGCAGAGCCCCGGAGCUGCUUUUCUCCCGACCGGCUCCUCCCCUCUCCUUGUAGCCUCUCUGAGGUUUGCGGUGCUCUUGUGGCUUCCUGCAGAAUGUGGAUGACGCCCAAAAGGAGCAAGAUGGAAGUCGACGAAGCUCUUAUUUUCCGGCCAGAGUGGACCCAGCGUUACUUGGUGGUGGAGCCUCCGGAGGGCAACGGUGCUCUGUGCCUGGUGUGUCACCGUCUCGUCGCUUCUACCCGCGAACGCGAUGUCAGGCGCCACUAUGAGGCCGAACACGAAUUCUAUGAGCGGUAUGUGACAGAGGAAGAGCGUGCGGCCCUGGUGGAGCGUCUCCGGCAGGGCGAUUUGUCGAUUGCCGAUGUUCUCACUCCUGAGGAGAAAGCUGCUCGUGCAGGCCUUGGGCUCUGUCGCCUGUUGGCUUUGAAGGGCCGCGGCUGGGGUGAAGGGGACUUUGUGUACCAGUGCAUGGAGGUGUUUCUGAGAGAGGUACUGCCAGAUCACAUAGGCGUCCUGGAAGGCAUUGAUUUAUCUCCGGAGAUCACAAGGCAGAGGAUUCUCAGCAUUGACAAUAACCUGCGUAGUCAGCUUUUUAAUCGAGCCAGGAACUUUAGGGCUUAUUCCCUUGCUCUGGACGACCAGGCCUUUGUGGCCUAUGAGAACUAUCUCCUUGUCUUUAUCCGUGGCGUGGACUCUGAUUUGGAGGUGCAAGAAGACCUUCUGACCAUAAUCAACCUAACUCAUCACUUCAGUGUUGGUGCGCUUAUGUCAGCAAUUCUAGAGGCCCUGCAGACGGCAGGGCUUAGCCUGCAGCGAAUGGUUGGACUGACCACCACACACACUUUGAGGAUGAUUGGUGAGAACUCAGGACUUGUCUCAUACAUGAGAGAAAAGGCUGUAAGCCCCAACUGUUGGAAUGUUAUCCACUAUUCAGGGUUUCUUCACUUGGAACUUUUGAGUUCUUAUGAUGUAGAUGUUAAUCAGAUCAUAAAUACCAUAUCUGAAUGGAUAGUUAUGAUUAAGACAAGAGGUGUUAGGCGACCAGAAUUUCAGCCUUUACUAACUGAGUCUGAAUCAGAGCAUGGUGAAAGGAUCAAUGGACGAUGUCUGAACAAUUGGCUUAGAAGAGGGAAAACUUUAAAACUAAUAUUUUCACUAAGAAAAGAAAUAGAAGCAUUUUUGGUUUCAGUAGGGGCAACAACUGUCCAUUUCACAGACAAGCAGUGGCUUUGUGACUUUGGCUUCUUGGUGGAUAUUAUGGACCACCUUCGAGAACUCAGUGAAGAACUACAAAUUAGUGGAGUCUUUGCUGCUACUGCCUUCGACCAUAUUUGUACUUUUGAAGGUAAGCUGAAUUUGUUUCAAAGACAAAUUGAGGAACAAGAUUUAACAGACUUUCCUGCCUUCUGCGAAGUUGUUGAUGAGCUAAAACAGCAAUUUAAGGAAGAUCAAAAAAUAUUUGAGCCUGACAGGUAUCAAAUGGUGAUCUGUCGUCUACAAAAAGAUUUUGAGAGACAUUUUAAGGACCUCAGAUUCAUUAAAAAAGACUUAGAACUUUUUGCAAAUCCGUUUAACUUUAAGCCUGAAUAUGCACCUAUUUCAGUAAGAGUGGAACUAACAAAACUUCAGGGAAACACUAACCUUUGGAAUGAAUACAGAGUCAAAGACUUGGGGCAGUUCUAUGCUGGAUUGCCUUCUGAAUCUUAUCCAAUUAUUAAAGGGGUUGCCUAUAAAGUGGCAUCGUUGUUUGAUAGUAACCAAAUUUGUGACAAAGCUUUUGCAUAUUUGACGAGAAACCAACACACAUUGAGCCAGCCAUUGACAGAUGAGCAUCUUCAAGCCCUUUUCCGGGUUGCCACAACUGAAAUGGAUCCCCGCUGGGAUGAUCUUAUGAGAGAAAGAAUUGAAUCUAAUCCAUAAGUCUUUGUAGUAAAGCACAGGAACAAGAAUUCAAUUCUAAAAGAAAAAAAAAGUUUUUAAGUUUACUAAUUUAGAUUCCUGGAAAACACCAAGUUUAUUACAAGAUCAAAAUGGGUCAGAAUUCAGAUCCUUUCAACAGUUGCCUUUUUUUCAUCUCCUGUGGCAGCCUAGGACUGAAACAUGAGAAUUCCACUUUAGAAACUUGGCUUAAAGGCAUAGUCAUUAUCUUUUUAUGAUAUAAUUGAUUUUAACAAAGUUUAGUAUUGAUAGCGAGUUGAAUUAGAAGUCUGUUUUUAAGGUGUUCUGAAGAUACAUGCCAAAAAUUUUAGCUCUUUAGUGUUAAAAUUCUGUUACAUAGUAUAAAAUUGUCAACUCCUUAAAUAUAUUUAAUUCAGUUUCCAAAAACUCAGCAAGUUCACAAAUUUCUGAAAAGGAAAAGCAUAUAGACAUACAGUAUUUUGUCUAACAAAAUGUUCGAGACUAUUUUUUUAAAGCAUUUCUGAGUCCAAAGUAGAUAUUGACUGAUUUUUUUUCCUUCUUACCUUCUCCCCACCCACCCCAUUCAUACUACUAAUAGUAAUCAAACAAAAUUUUAAUCAGAUGAGCAAGAAUCUAUUUUUAAGUGCUGAUUUAGGAGACUUCCUAUAAUUUGGAGUUUCCUAAAUUAUCACUUUAGAGAUUUUCCAGGAAUUUUUCACAGCUAGGGGCUGUUUUAUCAGCUUGUCUUUUACAAGACUAUGGUAAGUAUAGAGUCUUAACUGUUGCCAGUUAGUAAUUCUUUUUUCUAUUCUGGAUAGAAGUUUCACUCUACCAAAAGAAUGAAGAAAAAGAUUUUUGCACUUCAGGAUUAUAGGUUUGAGAUAUUUUAGCGUACCUGUUUUGUCUGCAUGGCCGUAUAAAGAAAUCUGGGUAAAGGAAACACUAUUUUAAAGUGAUACAGUAUCAGGUUUUGUUAGCUGCUGGAAAUGGAUUUAUUCUAGAAUUAAAACUGCUUCAUACAUUCAAUAGUUAAGACAGCACACAAAUAGAAAAAUUUCAGAUCUCAAGAAGCCAAUUUCAAAUUUCAACUCUCAAGAAGUGCUGAUUUAGGAGACUUCCUAUAAUGUAAAGUUUCCUAAAUGUUACUGACAGAUUGUAGUAAUUCUGUAUUUCUAGUAAGACACUGGCUUUGUGCCAUGACAGUAAUUAAUUUUCAGUGUAUGUUGCCUGUGCAAAAUUUAAUAUGUGAAAUUGAUUUUAAAAUAAAAAAUAAUACUUGUAAUACUUGUAACUCAGAUUCUCAAGCACAAUUUGAAAACUGUUGUGCUACGAAGUCCUGUCUUAACUAUUGUAGCACCUUACUCCAUGAUCACUAAUGUGGUAAAUUUGAAGAACCAGGAUGCAUCCUAGAAUUUAGAAGGGCCUGAUUCCAAGGCAGUCUAAAAAGAAGCUGUUCAUGGUUCGCAACCAGAGGUAGUAAUCCUUGCAGUGGAUGCUGGGAAAUAUUUUGGGGAAUCUGACUGGUUGUCCUUUUUUACUAGGAAGGGUAGGGGUUCUGCUGGUAUGUAAGCCUAAGCAUUCCUUCCCCCAUGCAGUACACAGGACAGCCUCACAAGAUGAAGAAUUGUCUUUCCCAGAGUGCCAGUAGACCCUCCUCAUGUACAUUAUGUUAUUUCAAGGUCAAAUUACCGGUAGAAGAAAAUCAGAAGGCGAGUUAGACAACUGGAGGGAAUCCUUAAUAGGAAAGAUUAAUUUCAACAUUCCAAGGUUGGCUGGUAAGGUCAAACAUAAAGGGCAUCUGUUGUUAUAAUUAGGGCGGAAAAAGUGUGGAGAAAAUAUAGUUUGAUCAGCAAAGAUUAAGCUUAAGUGUCUGAAAAAACAGCGUAGUGAAAAACUGGAAAAAUAACCUGCCGGUAAUUUCCUGAUAAUUUCAAGUAUUGUCUUUCAUAGCAAAUGCUUUAUUGGAGACCUGGAAGCUGUUUCUGCUUUCUAGUCUCAGUUCCUCAAAUAUUGAAAUUGUGUACAUUUUGUGAUGUUCUAGUAUGUUUUGCAAAUCUAGUCAUGUGUUGGGAGUGGAUGGGGAUAUAAGCCAAGGAUUUAAAAUUUAAUCCUUGGCACUGGGGAAUUUGCUAUAACUAGUCUUGUUUGUAGAAAAACAAAGUGUAUUUUACUGUUUUCUGUGUAAAGUAAUUUUAUAGAUGCAUGACUUUUUUUAAAGUAUAGAGUUAUUGAUCCUGUUGUACUGGUGAAUAUAGUUAAUAUAAGUACCAUUAAAAAAAAAAACUGUAUCCUUAACAGUUACUUCUCCAUAUCUCAUUUCUACUAAUUGUUUUGAAAGAUUUGCUAUCUCUGUCUCCCAUAUUGCCACUCAAACUGUUCUACCAAACUCACAAUUAUGGAAAUACUCAAUUACUUUAUUUUAGCUUACAGGAGAUAAUCUCCAGGCAUACAUUCUCAUUCUUUGCAGACCCCUUUUCCCUUAAGUGUCUGACUUUAAGAGUUUACUUUAUUAAUUUUUUGAAGUCUGCCUAAUGCUGGUUGCCCUAACCUAUCUUGAAUUGUAUCCUGGCUGAUCUCCUCUCCUCCUGCUUCAGUUACCACCUGUAUGCAAAUCCCCAAUUCAUAUCCCCUUUCUAGAUUUUUUCCUAAGUUCCUUUUUACCUGCAGAAUGUCCUCAUCAUCUUCUCCUCAAAUUUGCUAACAUAAAUCCACUCAAGCUGUUUCACAGGCACAACAUACCAUUGAUCUUGCCCUCAAACUUGCUUGUCCUUUCUUUUUCCUUUUUUUUCUUUCAUAGUUGGAUGGCACCAGCAUUGCCAACUAUGUAGUUUCCUUUGCCCAAGCAAAAACUGAGUCAGUCUAAUAAUGUCACUCUGCUGCUUUCUUCAUUGCUCUUAGAAUGAAAUAUAAAUUUGUAUUCAUCUUUCAGGUCUCAGUUUCUAUACUACUUCAUCUAGGAAGCCUUCAUUGAUGCCCUCUAAACCAGGUGGCCCAACUGUACACUCUCUAUACUUCCUGUGUUUCCUCAGCCAUACACUUAGCACUUGUUAUUGCUGCUUGUUGAUUAUUUCUAGAGUAAGCUUUGUAAGUGCAGGGACCAUAAGUCUUGCUCGUUGUUACAUCUCUAAUGCCUAGCAUAGUGCCUGGCAUUUAAAUGUUUGGAUAACUAAGUAUUUGUAUACUAUUUUAUGAUCUUUGAAGCUCUGUUACAAGUUUCAUUUGACCUUUACAGUCAUCUUGCCUGUUUAAGGGCAGUUCUUAGUCUCAUAUUAUAAAUUAAGAAGUGAAGCUAAGGUCUUUGUGACUAGGAGCCUUGUUAUUGUAUUCAGAGAGUUUAGUGCAAUGCUUAGCGUGUGGUUGGAAUAUUGUGAAUGUGGUUAAAAAAACAUUUAAGUAAACAUGAGUAGAAUUCAAACUCACAUAAAUCUGCUUUGUAAUAAGUACAUUCAUGACAUACAGUCUAGAUUUUUUAAAUUUCCAAAGGAACCUACAUAUAGGGAAAAGGAAAUUGGACAGCUGUUUAAAUACUUCGGUAAUCAAAAAGUUAUAUUUGGUAUUGAAGAAAGAUAAUACCUCAUACAAGUUAAUAUCCAUUUUUCCUUUUGUAGGCAUCAACCUACAAGAGAAAACAGCAUAUUAUUCACUUGUUACUUUGCUUUACAGCUGAUGUCUGGCUCUUGUGGAAUUUAAAAGUAAGUAAAUUUAACAGAAUAUUAAAAGGGUUACUCAGGCAUUCUGGUUACUACAUGUUCAUUUCACUUGCUUUUUUACCUGCAGAAUGUCCUCAUCAUCUUCUCCUCAAGGGAGACAAUGUGGUAUAAUUAAUUUGUACUUUUAGAUUUGCUACAUUUCUUUUCUUGUUCCCAUGCAUCUCUGAACUCAAUUUCUGGUUAAUAGGAACCUUUUGGGUUUGAAUAAGAGAGCCAUACCAUUAAUCUCUUUCCUUAAGUUACUUUUGUCAAAUUUGAAGCAUUAACUUUUGUUAUACUCGUGAUUGGAUUUAAUGGUAGGUGUGACAGUCAUCUUUGCCACAAUCCUUGGUUAAAAGGAUUUCUAAUUUUUAUCUUGUAAUUGAAAAGUUGCCUCUUUAUUCUUUUCAUUUCUACCUACAAACUGACCAAUUCCUUUCUGAGUUCAUCUUUUCUGUACAUUUUGCCAAAUGCAGCCAACAACAGCAAAAUAACUUAUUUUUCUAUGUUGUCUUUAGUAAAGAAUAGAUGGUCUUCUUGUUUCUCUCAAGGGACAGUUUCACCUCUGUAUAAUAGGAGUUGCCUCUGUGUAAAUUUUUUCUUUCAUCCUCCAAUAGCAAUUUUCUAGAUCUUUGCCAACUCAUUAACUCUUAAGGUUCAGUUUUUUCAGAAACCUUAAGACUAAAUGGAAUACAUAAAAAAUAGUCUCAGUAAAAUACUGAAACCCUUGUUUUUAAACUACUUUCGUAAGUUUAAUCAAGAAUAUUUUAGUAUUUUAAGAAAACCUUGUUGCUUUUAGUGUAGAAAACUUAAUUAGUUAUGGCCAAUUUAAUUAUAUAUCAAAGUAAUAUUUAGAUAAUAUUUAAAUAAUGUUUUUUGGGGUGUGCCUCCAUAAGACUCUGGAAAAAAUCACUAAAUCAGUCUGUUUAGUAUUUUAGUUCUUUUUAAAACAGGAAGCUAGUUCCUGUGUCAGGAUAGGCUAGGCUGCCAUGAGGUAACAACUGCAAAAAUGUUAGUGGCUCAGACAGCUUAGUUAAAGACUGUUCUAGGUAGGAAGCUGGUAAACUACAACCCACAGAUAAAAUCUGUCAUGUGUUUCUAAAUAAAGUUUGUUGGAGUACAGCGUUGUCCAUGUAUGUGUUAUCUGUGGCUGCUUUUUCUCUACAGAAGCAAAGCUAAGUAGUUUUAAUAUGCCUAAAAUACUUACCUUGUGGCCCUUUAUAGAAAAAAGAUCUCUGGUCCCUGCUCUAAAUUGUCCUCAUUAUGGAACUCAGGCUGAUAGCAUCAAGGUUGGCUUCUCACUUGGGAACUGAAAAAAGAAAGUUGGGCAAAUAACAGGUUCUUACAGCCCUUGGGCAUGCCAAAGGUGAAGGAGUGUGAAUCACCCCAUGUAUCACAGGAAAACCAGAAGUAUUUGGAAGACAAACAUUUGCUAACAUAUAAUAUCUCUAUUACAUAAUUUUUCAGUAUAUUUUUGCUUUUUUAUUGAGAUAAAAGUUUACAGAUGUAAGUGUAUACCUCCAGAUUUUUUUAUAUACCCAUGGAUGUACCACCCAAAUCAAGGUAGAAAAUAUUUAUCAUCCCAAGAGGUACUUUAUACCUCUCCUACACAGAUAGCUAUUAUUGUGACUCAUUGUCAUCAAUUAGUUUUGCCUAUUUUAAAAUUAUAUGUGAGAUCAUUAUGUGCAGUUUUUUGUUGAAUAUUGUCUGUGAGAAUAAUCUGUAUUGUAUGUAGCAGCAGUUCAUGUUUUAUGUGUGUGUACUAUUCCAUUAUAUGAUUGCUCUACAAUUUAUUCAUUCUAAUGUUGAUGUAAGUUUGGAUUGUUUCCAGUUUGUGAUCUUUAUGAAUAAAGUUGCCAUGAAAA